AUGUGUUAUGAUUGGAGCAAGAAACUCAAAAUUUUAUGGGGUGAAAUCCCAGAAUUCUGGAAGUUGGCAUCUCACCCAGACUCCAAGUCCUUAACCAUAUACAAGAUAUAUCUUUUUUCUUUUGAAUUUCCUUUGAAAUUGCAUGUUAAUAAUAUUAUGUGCAGAUUCUCAACAGUGGCGAAGCUUAAACAAGUUUUGAGGUUUGAUAUUCGAGGACAAAUAGAUACAAAUAUGUUGUCGCCAGAGACACCCUAUGCAGCUUAUCUAGUAUAUGGAUUUGCGAAUUCUUACAAGGGUGGUCCCUUGUUAGCAAAUGCAAUUAUCAGUUUUGAUAGAAUUAAGGAUGGCGAUGCUCAGAAGCGAGCUAGUGUUUUCAACCUUAAUCCACGGACAGAUAGAAAUGGGAAUACUGCAAUGAGACUCGAUAAGUGGAUGGAGGUAGAAAUUGGAAGCUUUUAUACUGAUCAAGAAAAUAACAGUUGUGGAGGUGCGAUGUCGCCGCCUGAUUUGUCUUCCUUUUCGCCUUCUCCCAACUUUUUCGGUGUAGGGCUGAAGCUGCAAUGCUUGACUAUUUAUCCUUACUUGGAUUGUAAAACACAAGUUACUAGUAUUGUAAAGCCCCCACCAAGUUCCUAG